UGGCACCAAAUCCUACAUGUAUCCUCGCCUUUCAGCUCCGGACCUUGAUAAUCCAAAUUUGGUCACUUCCUCUUCCACACUUGUGAUUCCAACUUGGAAUUAUAGAAAAGAAUACAAUUGCUGAUUUUCCCUGUUUCCUAGCAACGAUUAACAAAGGACGGAACUCAACACAUACCUCUCUCGCAUCAUAACUUUUUCCCCUCACCACCACAAGAAUGUCCGCCAAGUCUAUUUUCGAGGCCGACGGCAAGGCCAUUCUCAACUACCACCUUACUCGUGCUCCCGUUAUCAAGCCGAGUCCUCUUCCCAAGCCGACCACGCACAACCCCCCGCCGAGAUUAGCCUCGCUCUACUUCCCCGAGGACGCUGAUGUCAACGCGGUGCUAAACCAAGCCGAAAUCACCUACCCGUGGCUGCUUCACGCCGGCGCCAAGUUCGUUGCGAAGCCUGACCAGCUGAUCAAGCGACGAGGCAAGAGCGGUCUUCUUGCUCUGAACAAGACCUGGCCCGAGGCGAAGGCUUGGGUUGCUGAGCGUGCGGGUAAGGUGCAGAAGGUAGAGCACACAGAAGGUGCUCUGCGCCAGUUCCUCGUCGAGCCUUUCGUGCCUCACCCGGAAGGUACCGAAUACUAUAUCAACAUAAAUUCAGUCCGAGAUGGCGACUGGAUUCUAUUCACCCACGAGGGUGGUGUUGAUGUUGGUGAUGUCGAUGCUAAGGCCGAGAAGCUCCUCAUCCCUGUCGACCUUUCACAAUAUCCCUCCAACGAGGAGAUCGCCAACACGUUGUUGAAGAAGGUUCCCCAGGGUGUUCACAAUGUUCUGGUUGACUUCAUCACCCGCUUGUACGCCGUCUACGUGGACUGCCAGUUCACCUACCUUGAGAUCAACCCCUUAGUCGUCAUCCCCAACGCCGACGCCACCUCCGCUGAUGUCUUCUUCCUCGAUCUUGCUGCUAAGUUAGAUCAAACUGCCGACUUUGAGUGCGGUGUCAAAUGGGCUAUUGCGCGAUCCCCUGCUAACCUUGGUAUCACCGCUGUCUCGAGCGCGGGUGACAAGGUUAGCGUCGAUGCUGGCCCACCGAUGGAGUUCCCUGCUCCUUUCGGCCGUGAGCUAUCUAAGGAGGAAGCCUACAUUGCUGAGCUGGAUGCUAAGACUGGUGCUUCCUUGAAGCUUACCGUACUAAACCCCAACGGUCGCAUCUGGACUUUGGUUGCUGGUGGUGGUGCCUCCGUCGUCUACGCCGAUGCCAUCGCAUCUGCUGGUUUCGCUGACGACCUCGCCAACUACGGUGAAUAUUCCGGUGCUCCUACUGAAUCUCAAACAUACUACUACGCCCGAACCGUAUUGGACCUGAUGCUCCGCGCUCCCAUGAGCCCCAAGGGCAAGGUUCUGUUCAUCGGUGGUGGUAUUGCCAACUUCACAAACGUCGCUUCCACAUUCAAGGGUGUCAUCCGGGCACUCCGAGAAUACGCCAAGCAACUUAACGAGCACAACGUCCAAAUUUGGGUGCGUCGUGCUGGUCCCAACUACCAGGAGGGUCUUAAGAACAUGAAGGCCGCCACGCAAGAACUCGGCCUAAACGCCAAGAUCUUCGGCCCUGAGAUACACGUUUCCGGUAUCGUCCCUCUUGCGCUCGUCCCUGGCCGAUGGGAAGAGAGCAAGCUCCAAGAAUUCCAGGGUUAAGCGCCAUUUGAGUUGUAUAAGUCAUAUUCCCCUGCUUACUUAGGUGUAACGGACGUGCAAAUAUCGCAAUGACGGAAUGGUUUUAUAGGUGGCUACCUAGUCGCGGUUAUGUACACUGAAAAUUAAAGAUUUAGAUCUAGUUAACCUAGGCCUUGAUCAUUUGAGCAUGGAGCCAGAAUGGGUGGCUAGUUCAGCUAGUUAUAGAGGCGUCUUCAAGAGAAAAAUAAAAUAGAGUGGCGUCAUUUCUGCCUUCCUUUACUUCUGCCUACUUGCGAUCAAUCAUGAACAACUUGAAUGUUCUAUUCAGUAAAUACUAGAAUGUCACCUACGUGAGCUUGUUAGUGAGUGGCACAUAUGACAUAU